GUCAAUGUCAAAAAAAACAAAUAAAAAUGAGAAGGCUAAAGUUAAAGGUCGCGAGUAUUUUAUUUGUGUAAUAAAAUACUAAUAUCUUCCUGUUUAGGAUAGCCUUUGGACAUUUCUGUUCGUAUUAACUAUUCAUGCAGUGUGUAACCAAUUAACAAUUUAGUCCUAUUGUUACGUUAGACGCAGUAUUCCGAGCAUAUCAAAUCAAUUAUAUCCCAGCCUGUCUGAAUUUUACGACUAGCGGCCAGCUUAUCAGUUAAUCCUCCAACCCAGUGCUAAAGUUAAUAAGUGUAGUCGUGGUGUAGCAAAAUGGGCAACAAGUCGUCUUUGAUGCUGAGAGAGGAGGAAAUUGCACAAAUUCAAGAUGAAACUGGAUUUACUCCAAAUCAGAUAGAGCGCCUGUACUCACGUUUCACAGCAUUAGACAAAAAUGACUGUGGUACUUUAGCAAGGGAAGACUUCCUUCGUAUCCCGGAGCUAGCUAUAAACCCACUGAGUGAAAGGAUUGUCCAUUCAUUCUUUGCUGACAGUCACGAUGACAGAGUCAACUUCCUGCAGUUUAUGAAAGUGUUGGCACACUUCCGUCCUAUUAGGAAGAAUAGGGAGAAUAGGCUUAACAGUCGAGAGGAGAAAUUAAGAUUUGCUUUCUCUAUGUAUGAUCUGGACAGUGAUGGAAAAAUAUCAAGAGAUGAGCUGUUGGCCAUUCUACACAUGAUGGUCGGAGUAAAUAUAAGCGAGGAACAGCUUACGAGUAUUGCAGAAAGGACCAUAUUAGAAGCAGAUACAAACAAUGAUCAGAUGAUUUCCUUUGAAGAGUUCUGCCGAGCAUUAGAGAGGACUGAUGUUGAGCAGAAGAUGUCCAUUCGCUUCCUCAAUUGACCUCCAACCUCUUGAACUAUAUACAUCACAUAUGCUAUGACUGUGGUUCUGGCAUUCUUAGUAUAUGGACUGCAAAUGAAAAAAUAAACGCUCUGUGCUUCAAUAUAAAUUAAUAGUUUAAUAAAGUUUGAUUUUAUAGAAGUUUUCCAAACAUAUUAAUUAUGAAUGAAUACCAUUUCAAAAAUUCUCAAUGAUUCGUCAGCGCCAAUUUCUAAAGCUGUCUUUGCAUUUAAAUUUGUUUUGCUUUGUGUGUGUUGCAAGUGCAAAUCAUGCGAAAUUAAUCACAAAGUAACACUGCAUUCUAGUUUAAAACUGGCUUAAUUGUAUUAAUAGUUACCGUAACGAUUUAAAGAUUUAUACUGGGAAUUCCACAGGGUUGGAAAUUUCUGUAAACUAUAACAGUCAUAAAAUGGUUAACUACAUUAAAAGGUAUUAGUUUUAGAUGAAUUAGAAAUAAAUGAUGGGUUUAAGUGGUGUAACAAAUAUCUCUCUAUAUAUAAAUAUAUAAAGACUUGUAUAUUAUAUUAGUAUGUGUAGAUAGAAAAUGCUUAAUUUAUUUAAUAGAAGAACAAUGUUUUUAAUAAUAUAUCUAGUGUAAAUGGCUGAAAGCCAAAGUGCGGUAAAUCCUAAAAUUAUCUUAAUUAAAAUAAAUAUGCCUUAUAUGGCCACUUAAAUGGCACAUGACAAAUUAAUUCCAAUUGAUGACAAUCCGUAAUUAUUCUCGUAGUUAGCAGGCCGAUAAUACAAUUUUUUUUAAUGUAAACGUUCAUAAUAAAUAAUAGAUAUUUUUUCAAACUCUAGAUAAAGCCACUAAUGUAAAUUAAAAAAAAAAUGUAUAAACAGCAAAUUUUCAUCUCUCGUUUGAAAUGUUUAUUAAAACAUAGUUUUGUUUGCCUUGAGGCUAAGCUCUUUGUCCGAGGUUUUCCGAAAGAAAUGAUAGACCUUUGAAAGUCGAUCGAAACUACAAGGUUUACCUACCCACAAGAGGGCGCUAAUAUUCCCUCUAAGACUUACAAAGAAUUUCAGCAUCGAUGUCAGGAGGACCUUGGCUUAAUUGGCAAAACACUUCUACCAUUUAUGAAACUCCAGUCACAAAUUUGCCUUCAACACAAUCAAGUCAUGAAUGGGGAGUUUAUGAAGUGCACAACACUGAGAACCAACGGGAAGUAAUAAACAACUCAUAAAAUUCAUCUUUACAUGAUGACUCCAAUUUUUAAUGGCACAAAAUGUACUCUGCGCUUUAAUUUAAAAAUUGGUGAGACAAUUGUGGGUAUCUAGAUUAUACUUAAUGAAAACCUGGUUAUGUUUACAAUAAAAUAUUUUUCAUA